CUUGAGAAAUAUUAAGGUUAAUUAUUCCUUUGUUCAUUCUUGCUAAGCCUUACUGUUUGAACUUGCAAACAAUCUUAAUGGAAUAUGCUUCCCUCUAAAGCAUUAUAUGGGGACGAUAAAAAAGCAACGACUAGUAUCAAUAACGAUAAUAACGAACCACCACCACCAUCCUAUUCAGAAUCUGUUGGUUUAGGUUCAGCACAUUCAGCAAACUCUCCCUAUAGUUCCUCACCUUAUGUAAGUGGAUAUCACCAGCGAAUACCCACAGCUCCUCCUGCUUCACUAUUGUUGCCACCUACAGAUCAACAAGUCACCUCACCCUCAAUAUCACCUUCUUCUCCUCAACCUUAUAAUACAGCCUAUGGUUCUAUUUCAACCAACAAUAUACCUGAUGCUAACGAUUACAACGACAGUCAUACCAACCGUCCAUAUGAACAACAACCUUUAAUUUCGCCUUCAGUAUCGUCUCGUUCACCUUUCUUAACCUCAUGGAAAGCCAUAAAGGAUAGCUGUCAUGUUCGGUGUAUGAACAGAAAAAGGAUCAAGAAAAGUCUUUGCCUUUUGGUCAUCAUAUUGAUCUAUUUGAUAUUUGCUUUCAUCAAUUAUUGUUUUAAAAGGUCACGCGGAUCUACGAGGGUAAUCAUGACGAGUCCAUAUCCAUUGAGUCCUUCUCACCUCGAGUUUUUGGCUCAUGACAAGGAUUUAUCAAAAAUGCCAGCAUCUUCAUUGACCUCGUUGUCGUUGAAUUUUAUGACCAACGCUGGCGAAGUCCAUAUUGUAGCAACGGAUGAACCAGUGUCUUGGAUUUCCUUCUCUUAUCAACAUCAAAACGGCUGGUCUACGUCGCAAGGCGGUGGUGGUGGUGAUCCAUCCACACUCAAGGCUAUCUUCACUGUACAUAACGCAACGUCAUUAUCGGUGGUUGUGGAUGAAAAUACGAAACAUGGACUGGUCGUUGUAUUACACAUGUCUAAGCAUGACAGACAUGAUGCGGCCAUCAUGGUGGAAGCGCAGUCUAUGAACAUUUUUAUGGUCGGUGAAGAUCCAGUGGAUAUGAUAGAGGACCUUAGCAUAGUAUUAUCGGGCUCAAGACCGGGAUUGGUACUACCAGCAGGGAAUCAAGGCUGGCGAGGAAAGCAUUUGCGAAUCAAGCUUCAAGGCAACAAUGGCGCUUGGACAUUACCAAGAAUGGAAGCAUCUGGUACGAUUGAUCUUGAAUUGACAGGGAUGGCUGGUGGUGAUUUAUCUGUGGCGGGACCCAUCAAAGCAGGUGAUGCCAUCAAGCUUAAAGCGAAAAAUGGUAGAAUCACAAUGGCUAAUAAUGCCGGAUCGUUGGAAGCCGAUGUCAUUGAACUCACUACAAUCAAUAGUCACUUGGAUGCCUCUCGUCUUCGCCCACGUCGUCAAUGUAUUUUACGCUCUACCAAUGGCGCCAUCGAUGCCACUUUUCUACCUGCGGCCAAUCAGGAUUUGGAUGUACUGGAUGUUCAAUCUAUCAAUGCUGCAAUUCAUAUUAAUUCAAAAGUUCUCAGCAAACGAACCCUCAUCACAUCAAAUUUAGGUUCCAUUACAAUGCACGAGCCUUUGACAUUUGAUGGUAUAUUUGAUGUACAAUCCAGUCUUAGUGGUACAACUGUUCAAGAUAUGGAAUCAAACAAGAUCAAGUUUGAUGUCAUUAAUAAAUCAAUCAAACAAGGCAGACGUGGUAAAGGAACAAGGGAUCAUCAAGUUAUCAUCCAAUCAUUUGCAGGAUCAGCUAGACUAGUAUUUGAUCAGACUCAAUUUUAGAUCAAAAUAAAAAAGCUAUCGUAGCCUCCAUUUAUUUAUUUA